AGAUGGGAUAGAGCUUAUCCUAGUAGAUUGGAAAUUCAUCUAGCAAAUCAAUGUAUUGAAGUUGAGCAUGAAGUUAGAAAAAAAUUUUUGGAAAUUGUAACAAGAAAAAAUAAUGUAAUUGAACUAGAUGAUAAUAAAACAAAAAAAUCAAAAAAUUCUAAUACACAAAAAAGCAUGGAAGAGUAUUUUGAUAAUAUGAAACUUUCUGAACAAAAAAAAAAUCUAAUUGAUAAGUCUUUAGCAAAAUUUGUUUCCUGUUGUGGUAUACAACUUGGGAUUAAGAAUUUAAAUAUUCUAGGCGUUAGAUUAAAAUCAGGAUGUAAAUUUAGGUGGUCAACUUAUAAUGAUUGUACUUCAUCCAUUUUAAGAUUGGAAAGUUGUUUUAAUUGGAAAUUGAAUAUGGUUUUAGCAGAUCUUGGUCGACGAAUUAAUGCUGCUAUAGCAAAAAUUAAUAAAGAACCUAUCAUUGAUGCUAAAGUUCUUGAUGCAUUGUUAAAAGAAAUAUGUCAUGCACUUUUAGAAGCCGAUAUAAACAUUCGUUUGGUAGGUAAUUUAAGGAAUAAUGUUAAAGACAAUGUCAACAUUCAAGAAGUACCUGCUGGAAUAAAUAAAAGGAAAUUAAUACAAAAGGCAGUGAUUGAUGAACUCUGUAAACUAGUUGAUCCAGGUGUAGAACCAUAUAAACCUAAAAAAGGAACUACAAAUAUAAUUAUGUUUGUUGGUUUACAAGGAAGUGGUAAAACCACAACAUGUACAAAACGUAAAGGAUGGAAAGUAUGUUUAGUUUGUGCUGACACUUUUCGUGCUGGUGCAUUUGAUCAAUUAAAACAAAAUGCUACUAAGGCAAAAAUACCAUAUUACGGAAGGCAAAAUCUUGUUCCAUUUUUAAUAUUUAUUAUUGACCCUGUCCAAAUUGCUCAUGAGGGUGUUGAAAAAUUUAAGAAAGAAGGUUUUGAAAUAAUUAUAGUAGAUACAUCUGGUAGACAUAAACAGGAGGCUGAAUUAUUUGAGGAAAUGAGACAAAUAUCUAACCCAAAUAAUACAAUUUUUGUAAUGGAUGGAACAAUCGGACAAGCCGCUGAAGCUCAAGCUAAAGCUUUCCACGAAACAGUAGAUAUUGGUUCAAUUAUUAUUACAAAAAUGGAUGGCCAUGCAAAAGGUGGUGGUGCUAUAUCUGCUGUUGCAGCUACUCAUAGCCCAGUUAUUUUCAUUGGUACUGGUGAACAUAUUCACGAUUUAGAAAGAUUUUCUGCAAGACCAUUUAUACAAAAAAUGUUGGGUAUAUUUACAAUUAGAGAUAUGUAUGAACAAUUUCAAAAUAUAUCCAAGAUGGGUCCUUUAUCUAAAAUGAUGCAAAUGGUGCCUGGUAUGUCUGAAAUGAAUCUCGAAGGCUCUGAUGAACUUGGGGCUCAAAGAAUAAAAAGAUUAAUGACAAUUAUGGAUAGUAUGAGUGAAACGGAAUUAGAUUCUGAUGGCAAAAUGUUUACACAACAACCUUCACGUAUCAUACGUAUUGCAAAAGGCUCUGGUACCUCAGUAAGAGAAGUAGAGGAAUUAUUAGUUCAACAUAAAGGUUUCCAAGGAAUGGUUAAAAAAUUUGGAGGAAACAAAGGUUUAUUUAAAGGAAUGGGCCAAGGAAUGGGCCCAGGAAUGGAUCCUUCAAAAAUGUCACCACAACAAAUUCAACAAAAAAUGGCACAAAUGCAACGGAUGCUUCCACGUGGUAUGGCUGGCAUGAAUAUGAACAAUUUAAUGCGACAGAUGGGAUUAAAUUCUAAAUUUGGAUUAUAA